UCGGGCGCGGGCGCGGAGAGCCGUCGCAGACGUCAACAAACCGGCAGCUGUCGCGCGCGCGGCCCCGUGGAAGAUGCUGCGCUCGCCGUCGCACGAGUCCGUCACCACGGACCUGUCGCUCUUCUCCGUGUCGUCGCUGGCGUCCGAAGCCGGGACGGGGCGGCGCCUCGUCACGUUCAAGUCUUACAGCGAGGCGCAGCUGGCGGCGGCGGCGGGCGGCGUCGCGGGGGCUGGAGGCGCCCCUGGAGGCAGCGCGGCCAGGGGGCCGAGCCCCAACCCAGACACCAGGCACUCCAGGCCUGCUGACAUACCGGAGAUACUAUGGUUCGAGGAGGAGACGGAACUGAUUCGCAGCUGUGGAGCCCUCAGCUCCGCCCUCGGACUGCAGAAGAGCUUCAGUACGAGCGACAUCAGCCAGCUGCCGUCGCCGCAGGGCACGGCGGCCGCGCGCUGCGCCGUGUCCGAGCUGGCGCUGUGGGGCGACGCGACGCACGCGCGCCUCGAGCCGGCGUCGCGCUCCUGCUCCACGUGGGUGGCCGUCGGCGACGUCGCCUCCACCUCGCAGCUGCCCUCGCCGCACGGCGCCCCGCCGCCUCCAGUCCCCGCCUUCACUGCCGCAGAUCUCAUCCGCUCCGUCAACAAGAAGAGGACCCCGGGUCGACUCCGCGCUGGGGCAGGCAGAGGUGCGAGUGGCGGCGGCGGCGUGGGUGUGUGGGAACGCGUCGCCCCCGACGUGGGGCGUGCGGCAAGUGCAGACAGCGAACGGCGAGAGGCGGGGGUGGCGGAGGCGGGCGCGCUCGCCGGCGGUCGAUACGGCGCGGAGCAGGUUGAAGGAAUAGUACAAAAUCCAGCAGAGCUCCGAUUCUGCAGUGCUGGCCGUGGUGGUGCGGUGCUGCAAGGUGGCGACGCCAAAUGGGGCGCGCGCGACGUCUGA